CUUGACUCUCAUCCCCCAUCUCGGUCCUGGUCCAUUUCGCUCGUUCGCAGUCAUUCCUUUUAAUUUACUCUCUCUAUAAUGGCAGUUAUUGCAGCUUUGCUACUACUGGGUGUCGUUGCCUCCCGUGGCCGCGGGCAAACGUAUUCGGCGACGUACCUUCCGUCGAACGCGCCCGAUCAUACCCAGGACGGUCAAUAUGGUACUAACCAGUGCGGCAUCCAAUCAAGUCAGAACUCUCUUUGUCAGAAUGCAUACUUGAACUCCGUGGACGACUUCUGCGUCUUCGCGCCUCCAUACUCAGGUUCAAAUGCGACUAUUGGCGAUACAGAACGCGUUGAGGUCUCCUGGUGCCUUCGAGAUGGGUACGGAACGCGCCUGAUCCCCGACGGCACCAUCACUGGCGCGCACUUCGUGCAGACUCCGGACUACAUCCAGAUCACUGGCGUUGGCGAUCUUACGAAGUUGAACAUCCCCGUGGGCGACGACGGAGGCGAGCUGGACCCUCACGGUGCGGAUGGCAAUGGAAACCCCAUCGGCGGUCUCGUGUUCUCAAAUGCACUCGGGCAGCUCCAGCAGUUGCAUGAAUGGACAAACUACAUGUCUGCUACGGAGUUCUGCUUCCGUGCGUGCACCCCCGGCCCGGACGCAACGACAUACUGCCAACACACCUACGACGUCAUGGGCUGCGAGUGGAACAUGCCUGGCGACUACGACGCCGGCGUCUUCGAUCGCUGCAUGGGUGACAGCGGGGAGCCCAUGGGAGUGUACGGCACUUCGACCUGGAAGCAAGGCCACUCGGCGACCCCUUCAGCUCAUCCUGCACCAGCCACGUCCAUGUGCACAACGUACUCGUCCGUAGGCAACGGCGUGCUCCUGGCGCGUAAUCUGUCUGCGAACGCUACUUCUCUCAGCGCUACGGCCACGAACAGCUCAGCGACGCCCUCGCUGACGCCGGUGACGAACUCCACGCAGGCAUCCGCCACACCGCUGCCCACCGUGACGCACAUGUCCAUUCCCGCUAGCAGCACCCCAAGCGCGACUGGAUACUCGCGGAAGGCAAGCGGGACUAUCGGUCGCGCUCAUGUCGAUGCUCUCUGGCAACUGCUCGUUCUCCUCGGGGCCGCUCUUGUCGGCAUGUCGUUCUGCUUCUGAAUGGCUCGGACUAGA